GUCCCGACUCGCCACCUCCAACUCCAGAGAAGUCAAGUGCCCCACAGGAAACUUGCAUCACUGCACCGGGGGCCGGGCACGGGCCGCCGGGGUGGCUUCCAAGAAAUGAGCCCGUCCAUGGUCCCCGGAGGGUCCCCGGGGCACCUGCGGCCUCCAAAACCAUGUCGGGCAGGUCGGUUCGAGACCAGGAGCCGGGCCAAAGAUGAUAUCAAGAGGGUCAUGGCGGCUAUCGAGAAAGUGCGCAAAUGGGAGAAGAAAUGGGUGACUGUUGGUGACACAUCCCUACGAAUCUACAAAUGGGUCCCUGUGACAGAGCCAAAAGUUGACGACAAAAGCAAGAAUAAGAAGAAAGGCAAGGACGAGAAGUGUGGCUCGGAGGUGACCACUCCGGAGAACAGCUCCUCCCCGGGGAUGAUGGACAUGCACGAUGACAACAGCAAUCAGAGCUCCAUAGCAGACGCCUCCCCCACCAAACAGGAGAACAGCAGCAACUCCAGCCCUGCCCCAGAGCCCAGUGCAGCUGUGCCCAGUGAUGGCAAUGAAGGCAAGAUGGAUGAGACACAGGCUGAUGGGAAGGAGCACCCUGGAGCUGAAGAUGCUUCUGACGAGCAGAACUCGCAGUCUUCAAUGGAAAACUCCAUGAACAGCUCAGAGAAAGGAGAACGGCAGCCGUCUGCAGAUCCGGGGCUAGCGGCAGAGGCGGCAGCGAUCUCUCAGGAUUUGGAAGGAGUACCACCCUCUAAAAAGAUGAAGCUGGAGGCCUCUCCACAGAACUCCGAAGAGAUGUAGAUGCCGAGUGGAACCCUCUGGUCCAUGUUUCAUGGCAGGUACAUCAGCAGGCUCAAUUCUAGAACAGCGCUGCCCAAGUCAUUCCUCUUGGGUGUGAACAGAACUACUAAUGUUUCAAGUUUACCAAGUGCAAAUCCAAGAAAACCUAGAGUGGCGUAACUUCUCAGACACUGAUGAACUCUGCUGUGAAGAGAAACACUCGGACCUUGAGGAGACUGCUGUCCUUGGGGAGGCGGGUCGACAGCUCAGGAGUGUCUGCACACUGUCUCAGAAGCCAAGAUGACAUUUGUGUUGCUGCUGUAUUUUUUUCCCCACUUCUCUAUUUAAGGAUAAUAAGCUAUUUGAGGGGGUACUGAUCAGGAAUUCGCUUUUCAUCGGGGCUUUUCGCUGUUCAACCAAUUCCUUCUGCUUUCUUUUUUUGUGCCUUGUGCCCUUGAGGUGACCUCUGGCAUGUUUCCUAGUUUUGCAUCUCUCUUUGCAAAGUGUCCUCUUGGGGUGGCCCCUGCCACCUUACUGCCUCCCUGCCCCAGGACUACUUCAGAGCAGGCAAGACAGAGCCACAAAAGAGCAGACACCCUUUAGGGGUCUGAUUCGGGCAGGUGGGGGGAACAGUACCUGGAUACACCCUGAGCCCUGGAUGGUGUCAGCACCAGCCCGUGGGGCCCCUGGGAUUGCAGAAGUCAGUCCCAGUCCCCAAGGGCUGGCCUCCUCUGUCUGGGAUGUGCUCUCACCUCCUAGUGUCAUGGGGACUAGGGGUUGAUCAGCUCCUAGCCCAGAUAGACAAGCAAAGCCCUUAGAUUCUUCUGGCACUUCCACAGUGUUUUCCCCACCAUCUCCUCCUCCUCCUUCACUUUUCUCUGGGACCUCUGAAGGCUUCUCCAGCUGGCUAUGAGCUCGUAUCCUAACACAGUGCUGGGCCCAGAAGGCUGGGAGCAGGUGGCAGGAACAGCUGGUGCUGAACUUUGCUCCUGGAACAUGGCUUGGAUUUCAAAUCCACAAUUCCCCACUGCCCUUCGUCACCCCCCUCCCCCCAACCCCAAGCAAGAUGACAGCCAGUGGAAAGCCACUUACUCCUGCGUCUCACUCGGACCCUCAGAGGCAACAAACAGGUGGAUGGAGUCUCGUUCCCAGCACGUGCUGUCAGUCUCCAUUGUGAAGUGGACCUUGAUGAUUGGGCCUUAAAGGCUAGAAACAAGGCACCAAGAAAUUGGAAAGAUUUGCACACCCUCCGGAAAGGAGCAGCCGCGUCUCUCCCCUUCCCUGAUCCCGCUCGCACCAGGACAGCUGCCUCUCACUCAGUUGAGACACCUCUCGGAUGAACUGCAGGACUGUUGAGUUCUGAGGCCUGAUUUGCUCUUAAUUAAUAUAUGGACUCCUCAGACCUUAAAACUUUUCCUAAACUUUCUUUACUGCACUGGAGUUCUAACUCCCUUUGAGUUGUGUGUUGGGGGGGUGGGUGUUUUUGUUUUCGUUUUGUUGUGUUUUGCUAAUUGGUGCAUAUCCAGGUACCACCUUUGACGUGUGGAUCUUUCUCCUGACCACCGUGGGAAGUGUCUGCCAGGUUCUAUUUUCUAAGUUUCUGAGGGUGAAGCUCCUAAUUUUUUUUUUUUUUAAGAAGGAGCUUAACUAUUUCCUGCACUUCAAGAAGAAUCAAAAUGUUCCUGAUUUUAAAAUACCUCAUACAAAAAUGUCUCCUGAAGUAAGGAAAAAAAAACUGAAAAAUCUUAAUGUUGGAGUUAGCAAUGCCGAAAGGUUUCUGUCUUAAAAAAAAAAAAAAAAAAUCCUUGUACUUAUCAAAUUU